AUGCCUGACAUGGGUUUCUACGAAGGUCAUUUAAAAGCAUCGAUCAUGCACGUCCUCCGAAAAGACACAAGAGCAGUGCGCGCUAUGAGCAUUCGCAACGGAUUAUCUGUAGAAAUGAUAAUCUGUAAACCUCUGCUGAAGGAUGAGCAGAAAUUUGAGUUUAUCAGCGACAAGGCCAACGAGGUCAGCGUGGAUGGCGAGAAGGAUGUGCGGCCCAUUGGUAAUAAGAAAGCCAAGGCUCUGAAGAGACGACACGCCGAAGACGACGAUCUCGAGAGCCUGGCUGGUGAACAGGUGAAGCUCGCCCGUCUGGAGGUCGUCGAGGAAGGAAAGAGUAGGAGACUUUUGGAGAAAUGCUGGAGGAGGCGCAAAAGGCGAAUGAAGAGGCGCAACUGGCAAGGAUUUGGAUUCUCUUAG